AUGAGUUGCCAGAUCUCCUGCAAGUCCCGAAGAGGAGGAGGAGGAGGUGGAGGAGGCGGUGGAUUUAGGGGCUUCAGUAGUGGUUCGGCUGUGGUCUCUGGAGGGAGCCGGAGAUCGACUACCAGCUUCUCCUGCCUGAGCCGCCACGGUGGUGGUGGUGGCAGAGGAGGCUCUUGUGGAGGUGGUUUUGGCAGUCAGAGUCUUGUUGGCCUUGGAGGCUACAAGAGUAUCUCUAGUAGUGUGGCUGGCGGCGGCGGUGGCUUUGGCGGCAGAAGCUAUGGUGGCUUCGGAGGUGGCAGCAGCUUCGGAGGCAGCGGUGGCUUCGGAGGUGGCUCUGGCUUCGGAGGAGGGCGAGGAUUUGGAGGUGGCAGUGGCUUCGGAGGUGGCUCUGGCUUCGGAGGAGGAGGCCGAGGAUUUGGAGGUGGCAGCGGAGUUGGUGGAUUUGGCGGCGGCGGCUUUGGCGGCGGCGGCUUUGGCGGAGGCCGAUUUGGAGGUGGCCCUGGAGGUUUUGGGGGCCCUGGAGGAUUUCCCGGUGGAGGCAUCCAUGAAGUGUCUGUCAAUCAGAGCCUCUUGCAGCCUCUUGAUAUUAAAGUAGACCCAGAGAUUCAGAACGUGAAGUCUGAGGAGCGGGAGCAGAUCAAGUCCCUCAACAACAAAUUUGCCUCUUUCAUUGACAAGGUGCGCUUCCUGGAGCAGCAGAACCAGGUGCUGCAGACCAAAUGGGAGCUCCUGCAGCAGCUGGACGUAGGCACCCGCACCACCAACCUGGACCCCAUCUUCCAGGCCUACAUUAGCAUGCUCAAGAAACGCGUGGACAGCCUUUCUGCAGAAAGGACCUCACAGGAUUCAGAGCUGAACAACAUGCAGGAUCUUGUGGAAGACUUUAAGAAGAAGUAUGAGGAUGAGAUCAACAAGCGCACGUCUGCAGAGAAUGAUUUUGUGACCAUUAAAAAGGAUGUGGACAGUUCCUACAUUGACAAGACAGAGCUGCAGGCCAGGGCAGACCUACUGACACAGGAAGUUGAUUUCCUGAGAACACUCUAUGACGCGGAACUGGCCCAGCUGCAGCAGAAUGUCACCGACACCAACGUCAUCUUGUCCAUGGACAACAACCGGAACCUUGACCUGGACAGCAUCAUUGCUGAGGUUCAAAAUCAGUACGAGAUGAUCGCCCACAAGAGCAAGACUGAAUCAGAGGAGCUGUACCACAGCAAGUAUGAAGAACUCCAGGUUACCGCUGUGAGACAUGGGGACAGCUUGAAAGAGAUCAAGAUGGAGAUCAGCGAGUUGAACCGCACAAUCCAGAGGCUGCAAGGGGAGAUAUCACAUGUGAAGAAGCAGUGUAAGGGUGUACAAGACUCCAUUGCAGAUGCAGAGCAGCGUGGAGAGCAUGCCAUUAAAGAUGCCAGGGGCAAGCUCACUGACCUGGAGGAGGCCCUGCAGCAGGCCCGAGAGAACCUGGCCCGGCUCCUGCGGGACUACCAGGAGCUCAUGAACACCAAGCUGGCCCUGGACGUGGAGAUCGCCACCUACCGCAAGCUGCUGGAGGGCGAGGAGUGCAGGAUGUCUGGAGACUUCAGUGAUAAUGUGUCUGUGUCCGUGACAAGCAGCACCAUUUCCUCAUCUGUGGCAUCUAAGGCUGGCUUUGGCUCUGGAGGUCAAAGUUCAGGAGGAAGAGGAUCUUAUGGAGGACAAGGAGGAGGAAGAAGCACCUAUGGUUCUGGAGGCAGAAGCUCCGGAGGAGGUGGAUACAGCUCUGGAGGAGGCUCCAGGGGAGGAUCUGGAGGAGGAGGAUUGAGCUCUGGAGGAGGCUCUAGAGGAGGCUCCAGCUCUGGAGGAGGAGGAUACAGUUCUGGAGGAGGCUCCAGGGGAGGAUCUGGAGGAGGCGGAUUGAGCUCUGGAGGAGGCUCCAGGGGAGGCUCCAGCUCUGGAGGAGGAUACAGCUCUGGAGGAGGCUCCAGGGGAGGAUCUGGAGGAGGAUACAGCUCUGGAGGAGGCUCUAGGGGAGGAUCUGGAGGAGGAGGAUUGAGCUCUGGAGGAGGCUCUAGAGGAGGCUCCAGCUCUGGAGGGGCAGUGUCUGGCUCUGAGAGGGGCGGUUCUGGAUCAGGAGAAGGUUGUGGCUCCGGCGUGACCUUUUCCUUUAGAUAG